AUGGAGAAGCGGAUUCAUCUCCAGAAUAUCGAUGAUGAAGGUGUGCUGCAGCCGAGAGAGAGACGCUUGGUGUCGGGAUCCAAGGUCCAGCAGUUCGAUCGCGAUCGAUAUGAGCUGGCGAGAGUGGGAAAAGAGCAGGUGUUGAAGCGUCGAUUUGGAUUGGUAUCAAUGACUGGCCUCUCAUGCGGCUUGAUGUGCACUUGGGAGACGCUGCUAGUUGUUUUCUCAAUAGGUUUCAACAACGGCGGACCUGCCGGUCUUAUAUACGGCUUCAUCCUCAUCUGGCUCGGUAACUUCUCCGUUUUUAUCUGCAUUGGGGAGCUGGCUAGUGCGGUACCGACGGCUGGAGGUCAAUACCAUUGGGUGUCGCUGCUGGCACCACGGUCGAGCAACAAGUUCUUCAGCUAUGUGACAGGCUGGCUCACGGUCAUUGGAUGGAUUGCAGCUCUAACUUCCGUAUGCUACUUUGUUGCCGACCUCAUCCUACAACUCGUUAGUUUGAACGAUGUCAACGGGACUUAUGUGCGAGAAGGAUGGCACGGCACGCUCCUCCUAUGGGCUCUCCUGCUCCUCUGCGUCUUUAUCAACGUAUUCCUCAGCGGUGCACUACCCACUAUCGAAGUUCUUGUGCUGAUCGUCCACAUUCUUGGUUUCUUUGGCAUCCUCAUUCCACUGGUUUACCUCACGCCAGCACACAACUCCGCCAAAGACAUUUUUUCGAAAUUCCACAAUGAAGGCGCGUGGAGUACUCACACAUUGGCGUUCUUCGUCGGUCUACAAGGUAAUGCCUUGGCUUUUGUCGGAACAGACUCUGUCGUCCACAUGUCAGAAGAAGUCAAAAACGCAAGCACAGAGGUUCCUCGCUCUAUGCUCCUUAGUCUCGCCAUCAACGGAACCCUAGCCCUAGGCAUGCUCUUCGCUGUCCUCUUCAGCGCCGACAACAUCCCGCGCCUACUCCAAGACCAAGACGCCCAGACCGCCCCCUUUCUCAGCAUAUUCCACCAUGCUGUAGGCUCAAAAGCCGGCGCUACGGUCAUGGUAUCCAUCAUCGUGCUCCUAGAAUUCUGCAGUGCAAUGGGCUGUCUAGCCGCCGCAUCACGCAUGACCUGGUCUUUUGCACGCGACCGCGGCCUGCCUUUUUCGCGAGCCUUAAGCAUGAUCGACAAACGCAGCACCAUCCCCGUCAUCUCCAUCCUCAUCGUAACCCUCUUCGCCGCCCUCCUCGCCCUCAUCAACAUCGGCAGCAGCAUCGCCUUCAACGGUACAAUCUCUCUCGUCCUCGAAGGAUUCUACCUCUCCUACCUCCUCGCCAUCGCACUACUCCUCUGGCGGCGUCUCCGCGGCGAUCUCGACGACGACGGCGGUCCCGAUGCAGAUACGCAAACACGUACAGAAGUGCACGAAAAGAGGCUAUCCUGGGGCCCUUGGCACCUCCGUGGUGCUCUGGGAGUAGCAAAUAAUGUUGUGGCGAUUGUGUAUCUUUGCCUUAUUAUUUUCUUUAGCUUUUGGCCGACGAGGGCGAAUCCGGAUUUGCAGAGUAUGAAUUGGGCGGGCGUGGUGACGGGAGGUGUAGCGGCGUUUAGUGUGCUGUAUUAUGUGCUGCUUGCGAAGAAGUCAUAUACGGGGCCGGUGGUUGAGGUUGAUCCGCGGGCGUUGUGA